AUGUAAGAACUAUUGGCUUAAAAAUACGCUGAAUUAUCAUAAAACACACUAGAUAAUGUCGAUUUUUCUAAAGCAGAGGAAUUGUAUAAAGAAAUAUUAAAAAAUUUGAAUGAAGAUCUAUCGAUUGAACAAAUAAAACAAUUGGGAUAACAAUUUCUGGAAUUUCUAUAAGUAUUAUAAUAGGAUGAAUUUAUUUAAAGAAAAAGAGCAAAGGAGGAAACAUAGGAAAAGGAUUAAUUAUUGCAUAAGGAAUAUCCACAAUUAUAAGAUAAAUUAUUAAAAUUAAAAUAAAAUUGCCAAGAUAUAGAUUAGAGUGCAAAAAAAAUAAAUGAGACACUUAAAAAAUUACCAGAAAUAGAAGAAGCUAAUAGAAAAUCAAUGAAAGAUAAAUUUUAUGAAGAUGUAAAAGAUGUUAAAGAUAAGAUUCAACAAGAAGAGAUUGACGCAUAAAAAUUUGCUGAAGAAAACUUAAAGAUUCGUGAAGAUAUGCAAGCAUUAAUUGCAUAAUACGAAUAAAAAGAAAAGGAAUUCUGGGAAAAGGUUAAAUAGAAUGAAGAAGAACAAAAAAACGAUACUAAGAAAUAUAUGGAAUAAUUCGAAAAAAUGCAGGGUGAUGCUUAAAAGGCCAUGCAAGAAAAAUAAUUAAUUUAAGAUGCAUAAAAGUAAUUGAAUGAUAAAAAAAUGAAAUUAUAAGUAUACAAAGGAAAACAAAAUGAAUUUAUUGAAACAUUUGAGAAAUCAACUAGCACAUUUUAAAGUUUAACAGUGGAGUUCCUUAAAUUAGCCUUUAAGGCCAAGGAGGAUGAAGAAAAAAGUAACUUAAAUUAAUAAAGAGCUGAUAAAGCUAAUUUAUUAGCAGUAGAAAUUGCAUAAAAAAAUGCUGAUUUAAAAUUAUAAAUAGAAAAUGUUGAAAAAGAAAAAGAUAAAUUAAGAGCAGAAAUCUUAGAACUUAAUAAUCAAAAAAAGCUAUAAAGUCAAAAUUAAUAACAAUAAAAAUCUAAUGGUGAAAAUUGA